ACGCUCAGAAAACCCAAAUACCCCCCCAUAUAAAAACAACAAAAAGCACAGAGCCGAAGGAAAUUAACCCCACAAAAUAAGAUCAAGAACGCCCAUUUGUUGUGCGUACUGCUCCCAAACCAGUCCCUUCACCUCCCAGGCUCCCACUCCCUAGAGAGAGAGAGAGAGAGAGAGAGAGAUGACUAUGUCUGUGUUUUCGGGAUAAUGAGCCAAGACCCAGAUUUCUUCUUCUCAGAAGAAGAUGGCCCAGAAAGACCUUCCAUUUCUUUUGGAUUCUUUGUACUGUGAAGAAGAGCAACAUUGGGAAGAAGAAGAUGAAGGGAGGAAUUACAAGAACAUUGUUACCCCUCAUCCAAAACAGUUACUUGAACAAGAUAUGUUGUGGGAAGAGGAAGAGUUAUCCUCUUUGCUCUCUAAGGAGCAAGAGAAUCAGUCCCCAAUGUACGAAGCUCUUGAACGAAAUCCGUCUCUGGCUGGGGCUAGAAACGACGCCGUGGAGUGGAUUCUGAAAGUCAAUGCCUACUUCUCUUUCUCUGCUCUUACUGCGGUUCUUGCUGUGAACUACUUUGAUAGAUUCUUCUCGAGAUUCCAUUUUCAGAGAGAGAAGCCAUGGAUGAGCCAACUAGCUGCCGUGGCCUGUCUCUCUCUUGCUGCCAAAGUGGAAGAGACUCAAGUACCCCUCCUAUUAGACCUCCAAGUGGAAGAGACUAGGUAUGUUUUUGAGGCCAAAACAAUUCAAAGAAUGGAGAUUCUAGUACUGUCUACUCUUCAAUGGAGGAUGAAUCCAGUGACCCCACUCUCCUUUGUUGAUUACAUUCUAAGGAGGCUAGGUUUAAUGAACCACCCCUGUUGGGAAUUCCUCUUUAGGUGCGAGUCCCUCAUUCUCUGCAUAAUUUCUGAUUUCAGGUUCACGAAUUAUCUCCCAUCUGUAUUGGCCACUGCCAUAAUGCUGCACGUUAUCAAUACUGUGGAGCCCUGUUUGGCAGUGGAUUACCAUAACCAGAUUUUGGCUACUCUUGGAAUUGAUAAGGACAAAGUAGAGGAGUGUUACAAGCAAAUCGUGAAAUCGACAUCAGAGCUUUGCUACCAGGCCAGAAAGAGAAAGCUCCGGUCGAUUCCCGGGAGCCCAAAUGGAGUGAUGGAUGCCUGUUUCAGCUCCGACAGCUCGAAUGACUCGUGGGCUGCGGUGGCAUCGGUCUCUUCCUCGCCGGAGCAGCUGUCGAAGAGGAGUAAAGGAGCUCCAGACCACCAACAUUGCUAGACACCACCCUCCACUGCUUUUCCUUGUUUACUACUAGUUCCCUCAUGGACCCAGUCUUCAUUUUUGUGCUGAAUAUUGUUAUACUAGUAUGUUCUUUAGGUUCAUGUUAAAUUGCCUACCAUCUCUUCAUACUUUUCUAUCCAAAAAAACCCAAAUCAGAGAAAACACAAAUAGAACCCAUGGCUUCAUUUGCUUGUCUCUGAGAAUGAUGGGUUUUGAAGUAGAGAUGGUAUGCAUUUUAUCCCGAGAAAGUAAAGACCAUUAGUAUCAUUGAAGAGUAUUUCCACUAUUACUUCUCUUUUCUCUGAAUUCCCUUUUUAAGUAUAAAGCCAUUGGCAGAUCAAAAAAAAAAAAGUAUAAAGCCAUUGUUCUCUUUGUAUUAGAUUAUAUAUAUAUUCAACCUCGAUUUUGUUUGUAUUG